UUCGGGCGCCGGCACAGAGUGAGUUGCAACGCUGGGUGUCCGUGCUUCUGUUCUCUCGUCCCCGUUCAUGGAUCAGCUCAGCGCAACAGCAGCAAGAGCAAGCAGCGACCAGCUUGCACCGUCUCUCCUCUCCUCUUGGCGUCUCAUGGAGUGAUAGCCACCCCAUUUUCCCUCCCCUGUCCCUAUUACCCCCCCCCUUUCCUGACCCCCCCUUCUCCCACCCACCCACCCACUCCCCUCCACCCUCGGCGCUCUAGCCCGCUGCGGCUCAGCAGUAGAAGUUGCGCCGUUGCCCAGCCGGAGCCGACCAGCGAGACUCGAGCCGCUAUCAUGGAGCCCCAGCGUUGCUCCUUGGAGCUGUUGGUGAAUCGGAAGCACAACAAAGUGCGGCGCAAAAGACGGGACAUGGUGUGGUGGCAGAUCUGCUGGCUGGCCGGCGUGAUGCUGGUGGUCCUCGGCAUCUCCAGCUUGGUGGAGAAGGCAGGCUGCUUUGUGACAAGUUACACUUUGGAGGUGCAUGACGAGUGGCUUGGCCGGAGGCUGAUGGAGCAUAUCGAUGAGAACAGCACAGAUGCUAAGGCAGUGUCCCCUCCGUACAAGAACUGUACAGAACCUGCUCUUCGGGAAUUCCCUGAUGAUGUCUUUACGAACGAAGAGCGACGACAUGGAGCUAUAACACUCCACCUUUUCUGUACCGUGUACAUGUUCUAUGCUCUGGCAAUUGUCUGCGAUGACUACUUUGUUCCUUCAUUAGACAAAAUUUGUGAGCGGCUUCAUCUCAGUGAAGAUGUGGCUGGAGCCACAUUUAUGGCAGCUGGAAGCUCGGCCCCGGAACUCUUCACCUCCAUUAUAGGGGUGUUCAUCACAAAGGGGGAUGUAGGAGUUGGAACCAUCGUGGGCUCUGCUGUGUUCAAUAUUCUCUGCAUUGUUGGAGUGUGUGGACUUUUUUCUGGACUGGUUGUUCCAUUGACGUGGUGGUCAUUGAUCAGAGAUUCCAGUUACUACACGUUGUCAGUGAUGGCAUUGAUCUUGAUUAUUUAUGAUGAAAAGGUUUCUUGGUGGGAAUCUCUGAUCUUGAUACUAAUGUAUGCAGUCUACAUCCUGAUUAUGAAGUUCAACACGUCGAUGCAGAUCUUCUUUGAGAGCAAGUGGAAGAAGCCAUCUGUGAACAUGGCCAACGGGAACACAAGUAAUGCAGAAAUGGAUGACAACAGCAACUGUGAUGCCACUAUGGUCUUACUGAAGAAAGCCAACUUCUCCCAUAACUCCUCUGUGCUCAUGGUGGACGAACUGUUGUCGGCAUACCCUCACCAGCUGUCUUUCUCAGAGGCCAGUCUCAGGAUCAUGAUGACCAGUCACUUUGGACCCAAAACCAGGCUAAGCAUGGCCAGCCGCAUGCUUAUCAAUGAGAGACAAAGGCUGAUCAGCAGCAAGGCCAUUUCCAAUGGCGAGGCCGAGGUUUCCAUUAAAAUGCCCGGCAAGCACAACAUCGAGAAUGGAACUGGGCCAAGCUGCUCGGCGGAGAGGAGCGUGAGCGGGCAGUGGAGGGAGGAGGACAGGGCCGAGGCCAGCAAUGAGAGAGAGGUGGAGAACGAGGACAACCAGAACAAUGAGAAUGAUGAAGAGGAAGAGGAGGAGGAGGAAGGCGAUGGGCCUUACGUGCCAUUCCACCUGCCUGUGGGAAUGUGGGAUGUGAUAAAGUGGGUAAUUGCGUGGCCCCUGUGUUUCCUGAUGUACUUCACCAUCCCAAACUGUGCCAAGCCUCGAUGGGAGAAGUACUUCAUGUUCACCUUCGUGGCAGCUACCCUGUGGAUUGCUGUUUUCUCAUACGUGAUGGUGUGGAUGGUCACAAUAAUCGGGUACACACUUGGAAUCCCUGAUGUUAUAAUGGGAAUCACGUUCCUGGCAGCUGGAACAAGCGUACCAGAUUGCAUGGCUAGCCUUAUUGUUGCCAGACAAGGCAUGGGAGAUAUGGCUGUUUCUAAUUCCAUAGGAAGCAAUGUCUUUGACAUCUUGAUGGGACUUGGUCUGCCCUGGACGAUUAAGACAAUCAUGGUGAAUUACGGCUCAUAUUUAUCAUUGAACAGUCGUGGGCUUAAAUACUCGGUGGGACUGCUGCUAGCUUCUGUUUUCCUAACAGUAACUUGCGUCCAUCUGAACAAGUGGAAACUGGAUAAGAAGCUUGGCUGUAUAUCCCUGUUCCUCUACGCAGUUUUCUUGUGUUUCUCCAUCAUGACGGAGUUCAAUGUUUUCACAUUUGUGAACCUUCCAAUGUGCCGGGACCACUGACGGACAGUGAAGAUGGAAUCAGUGCAAUAUUAAAACUAUACCAAGAGCAAAAGUCCCAUGGCUUAAUGUUGUGAGCAGCAAGGAACUGCUCCUAUUGAGAACUGGGUGCAAGACACACUUUCAGAAAGAAAACAAACACCUGUAUUGAUGUGAACAUAUUUUUAAUGUACUGUAUUUAUGUGGAGUUGUGACACAGAUACAUAAAUGGAAACACACACACACACACACACACACACACACACACACACAGAAGAAAACUUAUCUGAUAUUGUUGGCUGCUAAUCAACGUAAGGCUGGAAGACAUACCUGCCAUGUUUGUAUAUUCUCAGUUCUUUCAGAAAGAAAUAUUUUGUCUUGAUAGAGAUGAGUGGGAAGUCUACAAUGGCAUUUGUUAUUGAAGAGUAUAAGGUGUACCUUAAAGCAAGGAAUUAUAUUGCCCUGUAAAAUUACCUCUUACUCUCUCCCCUCUCCAUGCCUUCAUCUUCCACCCAGCUUCUCCUUUGCCUGAGGGCUUAAAACCAAGAAUGUACAUAUCAACAUGAUUCACCUUGUCCUCCUGCUCACCAGCUGCUCAUACCACUGACGGCAAGUGGAGCUUAAGCUCUGAGCCAUGGUGUUUAUGCAGAAUUUGAGUUAUGGAAUUUGACAUCUUAAACACAUUGCAGUUUGUACCCAGAUACUACUCCUGACAAUGGUUCAUUUCUCAGGAGGUACAUUUGCACGAUUUUUUUUCUUUGUUGGAACAGUUUGCGCAAUCAAUGGUACACGUGUGUAUAUUGAUGGUAUAAAAAGUUGUAUAUAUUGGGAGUUUUUUUUCCUUUUCAUAAAGGUAGAGUAUGUAAGAUAUAUCACGGUUUUACGCAGCUGCGCAGUGUUUGAUUUGGAAAUGUUGAUUAAGGUACAAACAGUGCAGCUGAGGAAGCAAAGUUUCUCUGGGUUUUGUCUGUACAGGUAGUUUUAAAAAUAAAGCAUGUUUAAUUUAUAUAUUUAUAUUAAAACCAGCACAGGAAGCCACUUUGCAGUUUCACAGCACAUUUUUACAGGACUGUGUGAAUGUCCCAUGCAUGCCUGCAUGCUUGACCCCCUGGUUUUAGCCCGUAGUCUUCCUCAACCAAUUUUCUUGCAGAAAUGAUUGUGGUGGGGAAGAUUUUAAAUUGUCCUUAACUGUUGCUAUAGUUAAUAAAUUUCUAGAUGAAUUUGCUAUGAAAUGACUCCACUAAGCUGAUUGUAGUUAGUUGUCACGAUCUAACUAUAACUUGUUCUCUUUCUUAAAUGAUUAAGUGAUGAUACCACUGAAAUCCCAAAUUGUGAUUAGAAAUGGAGGGUUAUUAUUCUAUUGAUCACACCUCACCAAAGUUUAUAAGCCAAUUCUUACUGUUAAAUAAGGAUUUCAUUAGAAACCAAACCUUGUUUAUGUUCUAAAGAAGUAAAUACAUGAGAAAUUUGUUGUGCUUCAAACUUUUCAAGGACUAAUGAGCUUCAGGGUUGUUAUUGGCUAAGUGAGCCUACUGUAACCUACGGGACUGCUCACGAUAUAUGUAUCCAACAUCACUAUAAUUCCGCUGAUUUGUGAUUUUACUAAGUAUCUUUAACGUGCUUUAUCUGCCUUUCUUUCCAUCCCUCUCUGGCUCACUCCUUCCACCAUUAACCCUCAUAAAGAAAGCAGUAGGCUCCUUGAGCCUGCUCCACCAUUCAGUGCAAUCAUGAGCACCCCAUCAAUGCAUCUUUUCUCCAUGUUCCUUAUUUCCAUUCCAUUAAUAUCAAUCUAUAAUUUAGAAUUUAAGGUGAUCUGAUAUCAAGUGUGAUCUGCACUAAGGAGAUGCAAUAUUCUGGCCUCGUUUUUAUGUAUUUCUUAAUUCUCCCCAAACCCUGGCAUUGGAUUUUUAGACUACUGUAUAUCUCUAGUCCUAAAUAAUUCAAAUCAUUGAAACAAAUUCCUCUCUCUCUCCCCUGCUCUCCCUCGAUCUCUCAGCACUCCUUUCCACUCCGUCUCCCUCUUAACAUCUGGGAUACAAUUAUCAAAUUGCCAAUUAGUUUUUGAAAUUCCAGGGAAUGCAGUCCUAGUUUGUGCCAACUCUCCAUGCAGUUCUAUUUUUCGAAUCCAAGUGAUGUUUGGCAAGUUUAUGUGCAUUCCCUCCCAGGCCAGGAUGCCUUUUCUGAGUGGUGCUGCCCAAACUGCCGAUUUUACUUCGAGAGGUCUAACAGUCCAGAUGAAGGGUCUCAACCCAAAACAUCGACUGUCCACUUCCCUCCUAGAUGCUGCUUGACUCACUGAGAUCCUUCAGCAUUUUGUUUGCUAUCCCCAUGUAAAUCUCUGAGAAGUUUUGCACAUUCUAAUUUUCAUAGCUGUCUGCUUCUCCACCCUCUGCAGUAACCCAUUUCCAGUGUAGAAUCACUUUGCUAAAAUCUAAAAUGAGACGGGGCUAUUGCCAGCAAGGCGGAAGACCGAGAUGUCAAGAUCAUCGAUCACGAAGACUUGUACAUAUAAAGGCUUUCUGUUUGUCUACUAGAACCAGCCAACACCAUACACAUCAGUUGGUUUAAUAUCUGUCAGUGCUCAAAGUCUGUUAACUGUUGCUGCAUUUUAUUUCCAGUUAAGGGAAUAGAAUCAUUGUCUUGGUGACAGAGUUUCAGCACUUAAUACACACUUCAACUUUUGUUCCUGAACAAAACCAAGGAUUUUAUCCACUAGCGUUUAGCUGGAAUAAAUAUUUCAUAGCAACGUUUCGCAGAUCAAUGGAUUGUAAUUUUUGAAAUUUGAUGUAAAAUGUUGGCUGAAUCCCCAUGAUGUGUAAACAGUAAGAUUUUAUCUUGCAGGCUAGUCUUGUUCCCCAGCGUUACUAUAUUGAGUUGAUUAAAGUUUCAAUUUUGCCAGUAAGAUGGUCAAAUGCGGAUUUUUCACAAAGUAUUCUCUUCUAAGUGAAAAGAACUUCUUGGAGUUUGAAGAGUUGGGAAUCAUACUUAUUUUGUGAGAUGAAGUGGUAAAGAGUGUAACGUGCAUGUUAAAACAAAUGGUUUGUAUUCAUGUCCAGUCAGAAUCUUCCUACUUUGGGAUUACAUUAAAAAUUUUUCAAUUCUUUUCAUAACUGGAAUACAUUUCCAGCCAGGGUAACACAAAGAAAUAGAAGUGUGGCCUGUAUUACAAAACUAUAUUUUCAUGUCAGUUCUGCUCAACGUUAAAGGUGGAGUUAGGUAGUGCACACGUGCUUUGACUUUUAGGGACUUUAUAGAACAUUUUUAGAGAGCCUCGUGCCAUUUGGUAAAUUUCCUUGUGGAGGUAAGAGGCCUUGAUAUUGAAUCAGUCUUGCAUUUCCUCCAUUUAAAACUUCGCCGUGAAAAUCUCCUGGUUGAGGAAUUAACUGUAGAUCACUCAAAUUAUACAGCUUAUUGAAAAAUAUUUCCUUGUCUUUGUUUCCACUGGCAGUUGACCAAUUAGGUCAGUUGUAGUAAAUGCUGAGUGUGCUUUCUCUUUUUUUAAACUAUUGUCUACACAAAGUACAAAGCUUACUGAAAAUUAGUUAACAUUUCAAAUGAAUCACCAAGGCUGUAAAUCCAAGCCACUCAGUUUUGUGGUUCAGCCUGUGCGAAGCUGGACUAAUCUGUUUGACUUUUGUGAUGAGC